AUGGAUAUUUCCAAGGCCAACGUGGAAGAUAUUGAGGAUGCUUCUUCCAACCAUGGAGACACCAUGCCUACCAAGAGCGUGGGGCCUAUCAUGCGAUCUCGCGAAGAUGACCUUACUAUCUGGCAGUGUGUGCUACGGUUCAAGACCGUGUCGCUAAUUGCUAUGACUGCAGCAUUUAGCGCAGCGCUGGAUGGUUACCAAAUCAAUCUUAAUGGCGGUAUUGUCUCCAACAAAGGUUUCAUUCGACAGAUGGCCUCCCCGGGUACAUCGAUCAUCGCAGGCAAAUACAUCUCCGCAUGGGGUGGCAUCCAAUCUGCUGGCCAAACUGUCGGUCAAAUUCUCCUCCAAUUUGCCACGGAAAAAUUCGGUCGGAAAGUCGCGCUAUAUAUCAUCUGGCUCACUAUUGUUAUGAGCGUGUUUAUUGAAACCUUUGCAACAAGAUGGGAUCACUGGCUCGCAGCCAAACUCUUCUCUGGAAUGGGUGUCGGAAUGCUGCAAUCCACUCUGCCUCUCUACUUGUCCGAAAUCGCCCCAACCCAGCUGCGAGGUUUCUAUAUCAACGCGUACAGUUUCUGGUUUGUUGUGGGUCAGAUCUUCGCCUCAGUCGCACUCCAGGAACUCAACAAGCAUAAUCCAUAUGAAUUCCGGAUUCCUAUCUAUACACAGUGGCCCAUGGUUGGUAUCAUUGGCGUUAUCUUUGUCUUCAUGCCAGAAUCGCCCUGGUGGCUCGUGAGCAAAGGCAAGAUCGAAAACGCAGCCAAAAUUCUAACUAGGUACAACGGAAAAAUUGAUGGAUACAACGUUGAUGAGCAGAUCCAAGUCAUGUCUGCUACAGUUGCGGAGGAGCGUAUACUAGCAGAGCGCAACUCCGAAGUGGGAAUAUGGGCUGUUUUCCAGGGCCGCAACCGCAUUCGUUUCUUUAUUGCUGCUUGGCCCAAGAUUGCCCAGCAGCUGGUCGGCUUGUCCGUGUUCAACACCUACGCUACAUAUUUCUUCCAAUAUGCUGGCAGCAACGAUCCAUUCAUGGUAACUGUGAUUUUGUCUUGUGUCCAGUUGAUAUCUAUGAUGAUCACUACCGUCUCUACCGACAAGCUUGGUCGUCGUCCAUUGACUAUCUACCCCUAUGCGGUCACAUCCGUCUCGGUUUUGUGCCUCGGAAUUAUCGGCUGCUUCGAUUAUACCAAGCCAUCAACGAGUUCACUUCUGAUCUUCUUCGCUUGUUUGGCGACUUUCACCACCAGUGGUGCAUCGGCUAUUGGCUAUGCCUAUGCGACUGAGAUUCCCCAGCAACGCUUGCGUGCAAGGACAGCAGGUUGGGCCCUUGCAUCUUCGAACAUGGUUGCUAUCAUGUUCAGUUUCUGCACGCCUUUGAUGAUCAACAAUGCACCUACCUCGACCUGGGGUGUCAAAACUGGUUUCUUCUUUGCGGGUACAGGUGCAGUUGCGGUAAUGAUCGCUUGGUUCAUUCUUCCAGAAGUGACACGCCGAACACCGGCUGAGAUUGAUGAAAUGUUUGAUAAGAAGGUUAACCUUCGGAAAUUCAAGGGGUAUGUCACUGAAGUACAGAUGCGCUCAAAUGAGCAACGCAACCACCAUGAGAUGGUCGCAGCUUGA